UUGUGCCGAACUCACCUUCGGUUCGCUCGGCAAUGACAUCUUUCGGCCUGAACUUUACUAAUUUAAAUAAAUAAAGUGAAGCACAAUCAUUGCCGAGCGAGCCGAAGGCGAGUUCGGCACAACCAGGUCACUCUUGUGCCUUAAACGCUUCGGUUAGAAAAAAAAAUGGCGUGGCUUGUGCCGAACUCACCUUCGGUUCGCUCGGCAAUGACAUCUUUCGGCCUGAACUUUACUAAUUCAAAUAAAUAAAGUGAAGCACAAUCAUGGCCGAGCGAGCCGAAGGCGAGUUCGGCACAACCAGGUCACUCUUGUGCCUUAAACGCUUCGGUUAGAAAAAAAAUGGCGUGGCUUGUGCCGAACUCACCUUCGGUUCGCUCGCCAAUGACAUCUUUCGGCCUGAACUUUACUAAUUCAAAUAAAUAAAGUGAAGCACGAUCAUUGCCGAGGGAGCCGAAGGCGAGUGCGGCACAACCAGAUCAGUGUUGUGCCUUAAACGCUUCGGUUAGUAAAAAAUAGGGUGGUUUGUGCCGGCAGUGACAUCUUUUGACGGCCAAUUCAGUAUACUCCAGGGUACCUUUUUAGAAGAACCUUUUUUAAGAAACGGUUUCUAACUGGCAUUUUUAAUACAAUGCGUUUCGCCAUUUCCCAAUUGAAAUUAAGCCACAUCCGUUUAGUAAGGGCAUUAUGGGCGUUGUAUACCAAGAGCGAUGACACUUUGGAGUGUCCUGAAAGGCUUCACAUGUUGGUCACAGCGCCAUGCAAAAGUUCGGCAACAAGCCAAAAGGGCUGGACUAAUAAGGGUUUGAUUAGCCGCUACCAAGAAAGAGGGCAAACUUUGAUGACACCUGUGAUUUGAUGAUAAUUGGGGGACCUAGUGACAUUAUAAUAGGCAAGAACCGCCCACAAGUUACCUUUAGAAAUAAUAACAGAAGCCUCCUACGAUCUUCCCUCCCGCCGCAUUGCGCAGUCGAACAAAUAUUGACCGCCUGCGCGUAAAACGCCGUAUAAAUAGUCCAUUUCUCGUACGAAUUUCCAUUGAAUAAAAUUGAAACGAAUUGAAAUGCCAAACGUUUCAUAAACCAAUCGAAAACGAUGGCGCGCGGACAGCAGAGGAUCGUCUCCUGCGUGUGUUUGCUAAUUUGCGCCGUAAUUUCGUUAGUCAGUUCCAUCACCCUGCCUUACAUGGUAACGAACAAGCCUCCGCGACACACGAAGUACACGAAUUCGACGAUCCUAAUCAACGGCACGAAAAUAGCGAACGUCGCCGCGACGACGGCGACCAAGGGGGUGGUUUUGUACAAGGCGACCGCGAAAAAUGGUGCCACCUGUAUACUGCUCAAGGUCGACGGCGUCAUCGAGAUCUACUUUAAGUCGCACAUCGGCAGCGAGCAGGGCAACGCUUACAUGCCCGAGGACGCUUUGGUCGAGGGUAACUGUAAAUAUGAGGACACCGCCUCGAUGAGGAUUACGUGGGAGGGUUACGUGAUGAUCUGGAAUUUUGCUAAGACGCCCGGUGGUGAGCGGUGGUACGUCAGCCAAAUUGAGCUAACCGUCAGCACCGCAAUUGAGAGAUAUCACAGCAUAAAGGCUUACGUGCUUCCGGCGAAGACCUUUAAGCUCGUCCACGACCAAAUGAUAUUCCCGACUCCAGUCGGCAAGUCCUACGCGUGCGAGGACACAACCUUAGACAUCAAAUUCCCCGAGGACGAGUACAACCCGGCCAGCCUCAGCGGAACGAUCUUCCUCCGCACGUUUCAGCUGCAGCCGUUCAUGUACAAAGGUUCAAAUUUCGGCCCGGCCUUCGACUGUAACGUCCAGCUAUCGUUCAGGGACGAAACGACACCGAUAACCGUCGGAUCGACGCUAGCAAUAGCCGUACUGGCGACAGUGACCGGUUACGGCAUCUUUCGAUAUUUCAAAGUGAAAAAGGUACAGUACAACACGAUGGAGUAGGCUGCGCCAGUAUUAAAAUCAGAGGAGCCAAAUCAAUAUCAAAAGUAUAAUAAUAAACCAUUUUUGAAUGCACAUUUACAAAGUAAACUGCACAAUAUGUAUUCGUAUUUAAAUAUUAGGGUUAAUCCUUCUGAAUAGAGAGGGCGCUUUUUGGCUAACUUUUUUAAAGGGGGUCUCUAACGCGUUUCGACUCGCCGAAUUUGUGCAAUAUUCCACAUAUCGUUUACGUGUAUUUUCCUCUCUUUCACUCGGCCGUCGCCUCAAUUGUAUUAAUGAAGGAUUUAACGCUUGUUAAGAUACUUUAUGAAGAUAUGCUUAUUUUGCUCUAGCUGAACACAUAUCGAGAAAAAAAUCCUUGGAGCAUUUCUCCAUAAAAUAUCUAUUUUUAUGUAAAUUGCCAUGGCAUGUCUUCCAAUAAAUAUAUAAAAGAGUAAUAGGAGUAAUGUUAACGUUAAGUAAAUGUGAGCAAUGCUAGUAAAAAUUAUUAUUAUUAUUAUUAUUAUUAAUAAAUUGUGGUUAGAAUCCGUA